AUGAAGGAAUGAAAUUUUAGUAGCUCGGGACUUCCAUUAGUAAUGUCGACAUUUAUUGUUAAUCAGUUUGGAUUUGCUGAAAUGAAUCUUCGAUUUACUGGUGAUUAUGAUAAGCUAAUGAUGAUGAUUCGACGUGCUGUUAUUAUGGGUUAUGAUAGUAUUGUUAUCAACACAGAUAUUGGUGAUCUAGGAAAUAAUAUGGGGGAGAAGUUAAGCAUUACAAUAACAAAAUCAUUUCAGUUUAACGAAAAUUGGGGUGAACCACCGAGUAAAAAAAAAAGAAAGGAAGCUCAUCGAGAUAAAAUGAUUAUUCCGAAUCCGCCGAAGGUAGAUAUUUCAAAGAUUGACACAUCUUCCUUAGAAGUAAGUGGGAAACGACUGCGAAUAUUCACGCGUUUAACGGUCAACCUCGCAGACAGUACUAGUGUACAUAUAUUAAUGCAUCAUCCACAAUUAAAAAAAUACGAUGUCAUUGCUGUUCGUGUUGCCGAUGAAAAAAUUCUACAAACUUUAAGCCGAAAAGGCGAUUUUAUUGAUAUUAUUACUUAUGAGCAGACAAAUGAUAAUAUUUCAUGGAUUUAUAAGAGCAAAACCAUUCAGUCGUGUAUAAGCGAAGGGAUAUUCUUUGAAAUAAGUUACGCUGAUGCUUUGACAAAUAGCAAUGAUCGUCGUCAGGUAUUAAUAAAUGGUCGUAAAUUAUUGUCAUCAACUUCCAAUGGUCGAGGUAUAAUACUGUCUAGUGGUGCUAGUUCUAUGAUGAAUAUUCGAGCUCCAUAUGACGCUGCCAAUUUAAUGGUUCUUUUCGGAAUCAGGCCCGAGGAUGCUCGCAAAUUUAUUUCUGGUAAACAUUUCUUAAAUUUAUUAUUAGCCGAGUCUCGCAGAACAGUCAAAGGUACGGCAGUAGUUACAUCAUUAGAAAACGUUCCCUCACGAUUUAUCAGUAAAAAAACUGCCCUCGAAAGGAUUCUUUCAGUACCUGAAUUCAGAGCCCAACUUGAAUUUACCGAACAGCCUUCAAAAAAUUCCGAUCUAUCUGUAAAUUCAUGA